GUGUAAUCCUGACCCACUUUUUGGCCUGACAUACUGCAUGUUAUACAAGAUAAAUUGGCAAAUGGUUUUGAAACAGAUGGACUUAUCUUAAGCGUAUUUGGGUUUGUUUUAUUCAGAAACAAUAUUCUAGCCAACAACUAGAAAUGAAAGAGAAAUAAUUGUCAGUGCCUACGUUAUUUCGCGACUACAGAAUCAUGGAAACGAAUGGAAAAUUACAGUUUGUCUCCACGCCAGAUAUACCGAAUUCGUCCAAGCGCGUCAUAUUAGAAUAUGUGUUUGCCGAUCACACCAAUUAUCAAUUCUGGAAUAAGGUUAAAGUAGUGGAUAAAGAGCCAAAAACUGUGGAUGAUUGUCCUACUUGGGAUAGCUAUAUGUGGAACAGUAUUUCCCAGAAGGACUCGGAGUUUUUUGACAUGAUAACGAAACCUGUAGCGAUGUUCGAGAAUCCGUUCCUGAAAAGUCCCCAUAAACUUGUUUUAUGUGAUAUGUGGAAGACAAAUGAUGAACCAGCUGGAAUAAAUACCAGAGUGCAAUGCUUGGAGACUAUGGAAAGGUUAAAGAAUGAUCCCAAAACAGGAUUCCGUCCCAAAGUCCCCCACGACCCGUGGUUUGGAAUUGAGCAGGAGUACAUAGUGACCCGCAGUGAUAACUUCCCGGCCAGCUAUGAACCCAAGGACAAUGACUAUUCUACUCUUAUCCUCUACUGUAGUGUGGGUCAUGUCCACGACAGAAAUGUGGCCCUAGAGAGAGACCUGUCCAUGAAGCACUUGCAGGCCUGUAUAUACGCCGGGGUCAACGUCUGUGGCUGCAUACGGGAAAAUGGACCUUCACAGUGGGAGUAUCAGGUCGGGCCGUGUCCUGGGGUAGAAAUCGGAGACCACUUACAGAUGUCCCGCUACAUCCUACUGAGACUGGGGGAGCAGUACGGACUAAGGGUGACUCUAAAAUCAGUUCCAGUACACGGAGAGGCCUUCUUUUCCGGUGGACAUUUGAACUUCAGUGUCAGAAAGAUGAGAGAAAAAGGAGGAAUUAAAUUUAUUCAUCAUGCAAUCAAUGUUCUAGCGAAAUCAGAUCCUAUACCUCUCCUAAAACUGUACGACCAAACCUUAGAACACGACAACAAAGAGAGAUUGUCCAACACAAGCGGGCACUGGCAUCCAAAACAGGACGAGUUCGUCUUUGAGGGAGACAAAAAAGAGUUCACAACUAUAAGAAUACCUCCCCUCGUAGAAGCGGAGGGGCGGGGCUACAUGGAGGAUCGUAGACCCCCUUCCUCUGUGGAUCCCUAUGCUGCGGCAGCCGGGCUGGUUCGAGCCUGUAUAUUUGGCGAUUUUCUGCGACCUGGAAACGAAGAGUUGAAGGACCUGUCUGUAUGGAACAAAGACCCAUCAGAACUAAUCAUGGAAACGGAUGGAAAAUUACAGCUUGUCUCCAUACCAGAUAUACCCAAUUCGUCCAAGCGCGUCAUAUUGGAAUAUGUGUUUGCCAACCACACAAAUUAUCAGUUUUGGAGUAAGAUGAAAGUUGUGGAUAGAGAACCAAAGACAGUGAAUGAUUGUCCUGCUUGGGAUAGCUAUAUGUGGAACAGUAUCUACCAGAAGGACUCAGAGUUUAUCCCAAUGCUUACAAAACCGGUAGCGAUGUUCGAGAAUCCGUUCCUGAAAAGUCCUCAUAAACUUGUUUUAUGUGAUAUGUGGAAGACAAAUGAUGAACCAGCCGGAAUAAAUACCAGAGUGCAAUGCUUGGAGACUAUGGAAAGAUUAAAGAAUGACCCCAAAACCGGAUUCCGUCCCAAGGUUCCCCAGGACCCGUGGUUUGGAAUUGAGCAGGAGUAUAUAGUGACCAGACGCAGUGAUAACUUCCCAGCAAGCUAUGAACCCAAGGACAAUAACUAUUCUACUCUUAUCCUCUACUGUAGUGUGGGUCAUGUCCACGACAGAAAUGUGGCCCUAGAGAGAGACCUGUCCAUGAAGCACCUGCAAGCCUGUAUAUACGCCGGGGUCAACGUCUGUGGCUGCAUGCGGGAAAAUGGACCCUCACAGUGGGAGUAUCAGGUAGGGCCGUGUGCCGGGGUAGAAAUUGGGGACCACCUACAGAUGUCCCGCUACAUUCUACUGAGACUGGGGGAGCAGUACGGACUAAGAGUGACUCUAAAAUCAGUUCCAGUACACGGAGAGGCCUUCUUUUCCGGUGGACAUUUGAACUUCAGUGUCAGGAAGAUGAGAGAAAAAGGAGGAAUUAAAUUUAUCCAUCAUGCAAUCAAUGUUCUAGCGAAAUCAGAUCCUAUACCUCUCCUUCAACUAUACGACCAAACCUUAGAACACGACAACACAGAGAGAUUGUCCAACACAAGCGGGCACUGGCAUCCAAAACAGGACGAGUUCGUCUUUGAGGGAGACAAAAAAGAGUUCACAACUAUAAGAAUACCUCCCCUCGUAGAAGCGGAGGGGCGGGGUUACAUGGAGGAUCGUAGACCCCCUUCCUCUGUGGAUCCCUAUGCUGCGGCAGCCGGGCUGGUUCGAGCCUGUAUAUUUGGCGAUUUUCUGCGACCUGGGAACGAACAGUUGAAGAACCUGUCUAUAUGGAACAAAGACCCUUCAGAAUUGUAAUGAUUUUCUUCAUCCAUUGUAGUUGUGGGUAUUGUAAAUUUUGUAUUAGAAAUGCAUCUGUUUUUUGAGCGAUAUUUUUUGCGACCGUGGAACAAACAGUUGAAGAACCUGUCGGUAUGGGUCAAAGACCAAUCAAAAUUGUAAUGAGUUUCUUCAUCCAUUUUGGUUGUGGGUAUUGUAAAUUUUGUAUUAGCAAUGCGUUUGUUUCUGAAUGAUAUAUUUUUUACAUUCUUACAAGUUAGCGAGAGGUGUUUGUACGUUUCAACCGAUUUGUUAAUAACUCUAGUUUAUAUAGUUGUGUGCAUAUUUUUC